UUUUGGCUGCUAAUUGUCAAAGAAAGGUAAUUGGUAUUGGUUUUUGGAAGGUUGCUAGGAAAUCAUUAUCAUAUCUGAAAAUUGCAGUAUUAAGUAUUAGAUGUAACCAUUUAGUUUUGGCACUUGAGUUUGAGUCAGAGUUUGUAGAUGCAGGGUG